AUGAAGACUAUAAAAGAAGGUGGCAGAACGGGUACAUUAACUGCCAUAUCUCGCCAAGAUAAACCCAUUUGGCCCGAAGCAGUUAUAGACAUUUUAAAUUUAAUACCGGGACCACGUGGUCAAAACCAAUGGAAGACGGUUGGGAACAUCACCGGUUCAAAAUUCGAGAUGAAUACAGUUGUGUGGUUAGGAGAAACGCGAACUGGGCCACAACCAACAGGAAGACAGAGAUUUCGAGUGGUGACCGCUUAUGCUCCACCAUUCGUGAAGCCGGCGACCAAAAUAACCAAUGGAACUUGUUUAACAGGUGUCAAAUGCCUUCAAAUAUCUACGAAUAAUAAAACGGAACUGUUACAGAUUUUAGCAAAUUACAAAGCAGAAAAGUCAGAAGGAUUGACAUACAACAUCACUUGUUGUUCAGGAAUAUCCAUCGAUCUGUUAGAAUCUGUGGCACGCGAUCUAAAAUUCGAUUUUGACGUUUACCUAGUUGCUGAUGGUGUUUUUGGAAGUAAUCGCGGUCAAAAAUGGAACGGUAUAACGGCCGAUUUAAUCAGUGGUGCUGCACAUUUGACCUUUUCGGCUUUUAGUAUGACGAGUCAAAGGUCAAAAGUCAUAGACUUUUCCGUCCCAUAUUUUCAUUCAGGUGUAUCUUUUCUGAUGAAUUCGCAAUAUCGUGAAGUACCACUCUCGGCGUUCCUUGUACCAUUUAGUUAUCAACUGUGGGUGGCCAUCUUUGCUAGCCUCAACGUGACUGCCAUCUUCGCUGCUAUCUACGAAUGGCAUAGUCCAUUCGGGCUUAACCCUUGGGGAAGGCAACGAACUAAGAACUUCAGUUUAGCAUCUGCUCUUUGGGUGAUGUGGUCGCUGCUCUUCUCUCAUCUAGUAGCUUUCAAAGCGCCUAAGUCUUGGCCCAAUAAAGUUCUCAUCAAUUUAUGGGGAUGCUUCAGCGUUAUUUUUGUUUCCAGUUACACAGCCAAUAUUGCCGCACUGUUUGCUGGUUUAUUUUUUCAAUUGAGAGUGGAUGAUUUUCACGAUGCCAGUCCAAAAGUACUUGUUUGCUUUCUUGCACAGCUUCUUCACCAGAGGACAGGCACGGCUAAAAGUAGUGCAGCAGAAGGGUACGUGUACGCCGAAAAUCCUAGAUUGUGGCAGCAUAUACAGAAAUUUGGAGUUAAUAAUUUGGAAGAAGGCCUAGAGAUGUUAAGGAAAUCUGAACUGGAUGUUCUAAUAGGUGAUACGGCUGUACUCAAUUAUUUUCGAGGAAACGAUCCUAUAUGUGGGCUACUUCUUGGUGAUUCUAUUUUUGAUGACGCUUACGCUAUAGGAAUGCAAAAAGGAUUUCCUCUAAGGGAUGAUAUUUCCAACCUAAUUCUUCGUUAUAACGAAUUCGGAUAUCUGGAUCAAUUACAGAAAAAAUGGUACGGAAGAGUCCCAUGUUUCAACGACUCUGUCCACAGAUUAAACAAACCAAAACCCUUGGGAGUUCGAGCUGUGGCUGGUGUCUUUAUUAUGUUGGGCGUUGGGCAUUUAGUAGGAAUUCUGAUACUCUUCAUCGAACACAUGGUCUUCAAAUAUGCUUUGCCUAUUCUUCGAGAAAAACCUAACGAAUGUAUAUGGAAAAAUUUAAAUCUGAUGUUUUUUAGUCAAAAAUUGUAUCGUUUUAUCAAUACAGUUGAAUUAGUAUCUCCUCAUCACUCCGCCAAAGAAAUUGCUACAAAUCUCAGAGAAGGACAAAUUUUCAGCCUCUUCCAAAAAAGUGUUAAAAGAAAAGCAAAGGAGGAAGCGAGGAGAAGAAAAAGCAAAUCUCAGUUUUUCGAGAUGAUUCAAGAAAUACGCAAAGUAGUCCGUCAGCAGCAACACGAAAUAAAAAUCGGUGCCACGCGAAUGGACCAACAACCACGUUUGGGUAUCCAGACUCACACUACUGAACCCAAAAUCUUAGAUAAUCGGGACACACUCAUUGUACAUCACAACGAUUCGAUUCCGAAGCUCAAACAAGUGGACGUUCACAAGUCUUCGCCUAAAAUGAGAAAUAUAGUAGCAGAGGCAUAUAGAAGUAACAUAGUUAGUUCCUAUUCAUUGGAGUACGACGACAAUUUGUUAACUCCGUCAAAUUCCUCGACUUCUAACGAUACUUCUCCUUCGGAAUGGCACGGUUUCAGUUUCAGUUUCGAAGAUCUUAGCACUCUUCAUUCGGAAGAGCCUCAAAGGACACGAUUAAUACGUAAAAAGUGUCGCGUGUCGUCUUUAGAAGACUUAAGAAUUCUUAAAAAAACUUCUUUUAAUAGAGAUGAAUACGUUAAUGAAAAACAUAAGAAGCCUUUAAAACAGCGCAGCAAAGAAAUCAACGAAUUAAGACUUUAUUCAAUGACCAAAGAAGAAAUCAUCUGCCUUUGGCAAGCAUCGGAAAGGGUACUGUUGAAUCGCUUAAGGGAAGUAUUGAGAGAGAAAAAGGCAUUAGAAGAAAAAUUGGCUUUUAUACAAAAAACUCUACUUAAGCCACCAUGAAUUCAUUAGUUCAUUAAUAGGUCAAAUCAACUUCUAACUACAAUCAACAUUGAUGUGUUGCAAAUUGACUUCCAUGCGGUUCCAUUAUUCUCAAUAAUAAGAUUCUUAACAAAGUAUUGAGACCAGUAUUUAUACCUCUUAAAAACAUUAGUUUGGUUUUUAGAUUUUGAAAUGUUUCCACUAAUCUGGGAUCUAGAUCAUUUCUUAGAGAGAAAUUCUUAGUUUUGAAUGUGUUAUUGUUUAUACUUUUCAUUAUUAUUAUUUCCUGCUUUAGUUACCUCCCAUAGAAUUGAAUAUAGAAAAAAAAGAUUUAGCUAUACAGGAGACCAUCUUACCAACAUUAGAAACAAGUAUAAAUUAUUUUAAAUUUGUGGUCAAGUUUCCCUGUAUAAAAACUGGUUGUUAAUAGUAUAAUUAUUAUAUAAAUAGAUAAAUGCCUUGAAAAUUUUAGGAAAGUAGAUUAAAAAUUAAUAAUUUUAAAGAAAAUAUUCUUCAUAUACUGUGAUUCAAAUUGUGUAAAUUUAACUGUUUAAGAACUAUAUAAAAGAUGGUCUCCAGAUAUAUAUACUGUAUAGAAAAGAAUGUAAUUUUUUUAAAAGAGGAUAAAUAAUAAUAUUUUCUUUCCAGAAGUGUGCACUAGUAACGCAGAAAAAUCAAAAAAAUUUAAAUAAUAAUAAUAAUAAUAAUAAAAUAAAUACCUUCCGUUCUAAUAGUUUGUAAAUGAGGUUAAUUGUCCAUUGAACUGUCGAUAGGGAUUACUUUUAGAAUUAGGAUUUAGCAUCAUUCUUGCUAAUAUAGUAUUUGCCCUUUUAACUGCCAUUAUAUAAAUAAGGGGGCUUAGAUACUAUUCUCUCUUCUAAAUAUUUAUCUAUCGUCUCUCUUUGUGUAUUUGUGUCUGAGGAAAUUUGGUGCCAGAAAAUACAUUUAAAAAAAAAACCAUAAAUCCAUGCGAUAGAGGAAGAAGUAUUAUUACUAUGCACAUCAUUAAUGAUGCAAUUUUUUGAUAAAAUAUCUUACCUACUGAUAGAAUGCCCAUUAUCUUGCAAUUUUAGCCAGUAUAUACUGUAUUAUAUAUAUUUGUGUGUGUGAUUUAUUUUCAUCCCUUUUUUAGAUCUAAGAUAUGAUUUAGAGAUAUCUGAUUUUGAAUUGAGGGGGAAAAAACUGAUCAAAACAAUCGUGUGAUAUUAAAAAAAAAAGAUAUUAUUAAUAUACUAUAUACAGUAUAAAUAUUAUAUAAAUAAAUAUAUAUAUAUAUUAUAACAUGGCACUGGAGAUAUGUUGUUAAUUGCCCUGUUGUUUAUUCAAAAUAAAAAGGAAUAUUUUCGAUCUGUUU